UCACGGAGGCUGGUACUCUGCAGCUCCUGCAGUCACAGCGUUUUCAUGCAUCGCUGUUCAAUUUCAACAAUUUUAACUGUCUCAUUAAAGUCUCUGGUUACUACGAUGUAUCCAUAUCAGUCUGAUUCCAUAUCGGUUCCACUGGGUUCUCAUUGGCUCUGCUUUGAGAGGCACCGCCGUCGCUUAGCAACACGUCAAAGACACGCUGUGUGGUCAUCAGUGUUGGGCUCAUUGCACAUAUUAUACUUACUACAUUUCUCUGAAGUAUUGCAGUACGUUACUUAAUUACUCCCAGGAGAAAGUAACUUAUUACCUUAUCUUUGCGUUUCUCUGUAAAAUGUCUCAUAAUUAUUAUUCAGCAGGAUGAACCUGACGAGGACACACACACACACACACACACCCAAAUACUCACAGCAUGAAGAUGAAAACCAGCAUAUACGGGGUCAGCGCGGUUGCCAUGGUGAUCCGACCGCUCCGCAGUGUGUUACCCGUGAAAGUUCAGGCUCUGGCUGCUUUAUUUCCUCCUCCUCUGCUGGCACUAAUGUACCCAUGCCAGUUUGUGCCAUUCACAGCAUUUUAAUAUAGAGUUUGGUGUCACGUGACUUCCUCCCACAGGACGGCUUUCCGGGACAAAGACUGGAGCCGCCUGGCUCAGCUGAUGGACCAGAACUUGGAGCUGCGCCGGUCGAUUUACACUGAUGACUGUCUCGGCCCUGGGAAUCUCAAGAUGGUUCAGCUGGCGAGGCAGUUUGGAUCGGCAGUGAAGUUACCCGGCAGUGGGGGGGCGGUGGUGGGUCUGUGCCUGGACCAGGCGAGGCUGGUGGAGAUGAGGCAAGCUUUCCAGGAGGCAGGCUGUGUGUUCUGUGUCAUCUCACCAUAUAACCCAUCUGCCAGCGCUGUCGGUGGCCAACACUAACCUCACACAUCUCCACACGACUCGGUCGCCUCACUCGGGGCCAACUCACGGCCGUGGCACAGUGUGGCCUUGCACGUGCCUGAAAGAGCUCCAGUGUCGUUUCAAAGACUGAAUCACUACAGUGGAGAACAAAGCUCCUGAUGAGUUAGAUGAAGGAAACAAUAAGUUAUAAUCUCCACUUACUGAUAGUUUGUUCAGGAUUUUACCGGAUGGACCGCCCUCCUCCCAGAAAUAAAAGGAAGCAUUUUUUUAAUAUAGUUUAGAUGGCCUUUAUGCAUUUUAAUAAUUUUGUAUUUCAUAGAAUUCAAAAUGUGCCAGAAGUGCAAUAAAAUCAUUUUCAAUGUCCUAAUAUAUCCAUGUUUGUGACGGUAGCUACAGCAGGUCAGACUGUAGUACUGCCAACUGAAAGUGUUCAUAAUAAUGAGGAAAAUAAAGUGAUGAAUGAACCAACAGUUUGUAUCUAGUAUUAUAAUGUGUCUGAUGUGUUUUCAGUCCUUUACAGAACAAUCGUUUUAUAUGAAACUGUGUCUGUGCUGCCGGUUUGGAGCCUGUCAGUGCCGCCCAGCACUAACGGCCCCGCUGCUGCUCUGCUUUCAUGUGCAGCCGUGGAAACGUGAUGCACUGCUGUCCUACAUAAUCAAACUGUAUUUUUACACAUAAUAAAGGCAGCUUCCACAGCGGGUCGUGUCUGUGUUUCACGCAAUAAUAAAGUCGCCAGUGUCGGUGGGUGAGCCGCGCUGUGCUGCUUCCUCCAGUGGGCGGAGUAGCGGGCUCUGCCUGGCCGCACAGCGCUGCUCUCUCUGCCGUGCAGUUGCCGUUAUCUCUCCACUCAUGCGGACCCAGCUGAGGCUCAUGGACUAGCCGGAGGUGAAGUGCUGGACUGAGUCAGACUGCAGUGGGCUGAGUGAGGCCGGUUGAACAUGGCUGCUAAAGAAGACCUCUACAGCAAAAUCCUCCCUCGGAGGCUCCGGCAGAACCGAGCGGGCUCGAUGAAAUGCAGCUCCAGCCUGGACGUGCUGCUGUCCAUGGGCUUCCCCAGACCAAGGGCACUCAAAGCUCUGGUGUCGACUGGAGGUCGCAGUGUCCAAGCAGCAUGUGACUGGCUGUUUUCACACGUGGACGACCCGUUCUUGGACGACCCGUUGCCGAGAGAGUACGUCCUCUACCUGCGACCCAGCGGGCCCCUUCAGAACCAGCUCUCCCAUUUCUGGCAGCAGAGCCGGGUCACCUGUGGCAAAAACAAAGCCCACAACAUUUUCCCCCAUAUUACGCUCUGCCAGUUCUUCAUGUGUGCAGACCAGAAAGUAGAAGCUCUGUGCGAAGCCCUCCAGGCCACCGUACAGCAGUGGCGGGGUCGGUUUCCCAGCCCACUGCCCUUAGAGCUCUACACAUCUUCUAACUUCAUCGGUCUUUUCGUGGAGGAGCAGGUGGCCGAUAUCCUCAAGCAGUUUGCAGCUGACUUUGCCGCAGAGGCUGUCAGGAAGGCAGAAGUCCACGUGGAGCCUCACAAGAAGCAGCUCCAUGUAACUCUAGCCUACAACUUCCCCAGUGACCACCUCCCCUCACUGGAGAAACUCGCUAAGGGCAUUGAAGUGAAGCUGGGAUGUGAUUGGCUGGCUGUUCUGUUCUCCCGGGACAUUCGUUUUGCUAACCACGAGACCCUGAGGGUGAUGUACCCCUACAUGCCACAGAACGACGACGAGCUGGAGCUGGUUCCCGGGGAUUUCGUCUUUAUGUCUCCCGUGGAUCAGAACAGUACCAGCGAGGGCUGGGUGUACGGGACCUCACUCGCCACCGGGCUGUCCGGCCUGCUGCCUGAGAACUAUGUCAGCCUGGCGGAUGAAUCUGACACCUGGGUGUUUCAUGCCUCCCACUCGUUCUUCAGCUGUGAGCCCAGUGACAAGGCCAGUAAAGACAGAGGCCUGUUUGACGGACUGCUGGACAGCCGGCGUCCCGAUAGCACAAGUCCCGGAGACACACCGUCACUAAGUCUCAUCUGUCAUCCGAUGCAGCAGGUCCUGCGGAUCAGCGGGGGUCACUCUCGGCAACCCAAGCGGACUCUUUUCGUGUGCCGCCACGGUGAGAGGAUGGAUGUGGUCUUUGGCAAACACUGGCUCUCCCUCUGCUCAGAUAGUAAAGGUAGAUACGUACGUUCCAACCUGAACAUGCCUCCCAGUCUGCCUCUGUGGGGAGGACAGAGAGACUAUGACAUGGAUGCUCCCAUCACUGUGUUUGGAUCCACCCAGGCCCGGCUUGUGGGUGAAGCCCUGUUAGAGAGCAACACAGCCAUAGACUUCGUGUACUGCUCUCCCGCUCUGCGAUGUGUUCAGACUGCACAGAACAUCCUAAAAGGCCUACAGCAGGACAGCAAGCUGAAGGUGCGAGUGGAACCGGGGCUUUUCGAAUGGACCAAGUGGGUGUCUGGGAGCUCAAUGCCUGCAUGGAUACCUCCCACCGACCUGGCUGCUGCACACUUCAGUGUCGACACAACUUACAGACCUCUGAUCCCAGUCAGCAAGCUCACUGUGUCCGAGUCCUACGAGAACUACAUGAGUCGGAGCUAUCAAGUAACCAAAGACAUCCUGUCAGACUGCAAAAACACUGGAAACAACGUGCUGAUUGUAGCCCACGCUUCUUCCUUAGAGGCCUGCACACGCCAGCUGCAGGGCCGUAGCCCACAGAGCGCCAAGGACUUCAUCCAAGUCGUCCGAAAGAUCCCCUACCUGGGCUUUUGCUCCUGUGAGGAGCAGGGGGACACGGGGGUGUGGCAGUUAGUGGACCCUCCCAUCCUGCCCCUCACACAUGGACCAAACCACAGCUUUGACUGGAGGGAGACGCUCCUGCAAGAAUGACAGCAGCCUGAUCGGACCCUCUGAUACAGUGGCACCGCCGCCCCAACCCCGCCCUUCCUCCAAAUACUGGAACUUUCCUCUUUCAGCCCGUUCAGCAGAGAAAGCCUCGGCUUUCGGCCCCAGGUGACCAACCCAGCCAGUGAGUGGUGACAAAGUUUGGCAGCGUGGCUGAGUGUUCGCUCAACAUUAAGCACGCUCAGAUAUCAUCCACCCAGUCUCAGGAAAUGUUGUGAAAUUAGCACCAAGAUCAUAAGACAGCUGUUCUCCCCCCCGUAUUAAAAAUAACGUUUGAUUGAUUUUAGUGAGAAUUCCCAGUUUGAUCUAUUGAGUUGUGAUGUUAGCACACAGUAGCAUUCUGGCUAUAGGUGCAAAUGUUUUUGAAGGUUUUCUAUCGAUAACAUUUGAGGCUAUAAUUUUUUUUAAAGUGUGAAAUUAAAAUCUGUCUUAAACGCGCCGAUGUUUAUUGUAGAAAGGCAUCAGAUACUGUUUUAUUCUAACCUUAGAAUAAAUGACAUCAUUUGUAUGCUUUAAAAACAUGGCUUUAUGUAAACCUAUAUGAAGGAUCCUGAACACUUUUUGUUCUGUGGUGGAGUUUCUCAAAGUUUAAUGAGACUGUGGGCGGUUUGUAAGGACACUGAAGCACAAACAACAGCCUAGUAUUAUUGGAGGUUUAAUGGCGUUGGCGUCCCGUGUCCUGCCGCUGCCACAUAACUGGCUGAGGUAGAACAUUUACGCCACAGCUCAUAGUCUUGGUCACACCCUCCCGAUGUCCCCGUACAAUGCAUCCCCCCGCUGUCGUCUCCAUAUGUAGCACACUGAGGGUACCAGUGUCUCUGCAGCAACGUCACAACCUGCAAUACCGACAAUCACACAGUAGCUUCUUGAUUCUGGUCCAGCAGCAGUUUGUGUUGUUCAGACGCUCUCAACGAUCAGAAACGUCUUCCACUUUUAUUUGUAUUUAUUUAUAAGCCUUUAUUGUUACAAGCAAAAAUAAUAAAAACAGGUAUCAUUUCUAACAGCAUGCAAGAACCUAUGCUCUGUAUCUCAGGUGUUGACUACAUUUAAGACACACACAGUGUGUGUCUGUGGGUGUGUGGUUUGAAAACUGUUUCCUUGAUUGACUGUGAUGUUGCCCCUCUCUAAGAUUAAACUGAUGUACUGACUGCCAUCAGCAGCUGUAGCAGAAACAACGUAUUCACACAUCUGCUCUUUUAUCCCGCUGAGUUUGGGGAAUCCUGGCUCAUGCUGACAAUGCAAAAUGAGUUCCCACUGCAAUCUAAUGCCAGCUUCUUCAUACGCACUAGCAAAGUAGUCUGCGUUGUUCCAAGUGCAGAGCAGCUUCCAUUGCUAACACGAGAGCUAAGGCUGUGUUCACAUAUAGCAUCAUGGUGUUCAUCACAAACGCCACAGAAAGAGCUCGACAGCUUGAGAAAAGCUACUCAGUGCUGAUCAUUUUAAAAAUGUGUGAGGAGAGUGCAGCCUAGACACAACCAACUUUUAGAAGAACUGCUCCUUUAAAGAAGCAGUUUGGCACAGCUGGGAAGUGUAGUCGUUUGCUGCACUCCAGCUGUACGGUGCCAUGUCUGCUACAGACAACAGUAGAGCUCCACUCGGUCACAUUACAAGUAAAAGCAGCUGAAUCCAGUCUGGUGGAUAUAGAAAAUUCAAGACUAACAACAGCGUUUGGUAAUUUAAUAAUCUGUUAUAAGAUUGACUGGUUCUAAACUAUUUGUUUCUAUUUUGUAAACUGUGUCACUUUCAAUCAGAUUUUUAAACUCAGCUAAUCCUUUGUUGACUAGCAUGAAAGGAAAGUAAACCGGAUUCUGUCAAACUGUAAUUUAUGAAGACCAAACAAUGAAUUUUGCUCUCAGAGUAAAGAAAGAAGCUGCAGGAACACACCUGCAUUGUAAAAACUGUAUCAGCAGUCUGCAAUGAAACCUCCGUGAGAAGCAUCAGUCAGGAAGAACACAGCAGUGGUGACGCGCUCCUGAUGCUCGAGUCAGUCCAUGCAGUGAAGACCUCACAUCAGACCUGCUAAACACUUGUAGCAUUGCUGAAUUCAGUCACUGUGUUACUGCACAGUGGUCACAGAUGCAAGUGUGUGUGGGUGAGAGUCACUGCUCCCACACGAAUGUGAAAGUUUCUUCCUGUUUAAUAAAUGUCCAACAUUCAGGAGCAACAUAAAAAGUCUUAAUCUGUGUGAAAAAUGACAAGGAAGAAGCCAUGGUGUUCCUUUACUCUUUAUUUAUUGUCUGAUUAUAUCACCACAUGUGUACAGCACUUAUUUUAAAGGGACUUUGGAAACAAAAUGUUGGCUUGUAAUUUAAACAUCGAGUGUGUGUGCGUGUGUGUGUGUGAGAGUGUGUGCACGUGUGUGUGCGUGUGUCUGUGUGCAUGCACGUGUGUGUGUGUGUGUGCGCGCUUUUAUCUCCAUUUUCUGUCUCGUUCUGAGGUAUAAAGAGCAGCUGCGCUUUUUAACGGCUGUAAUAUUUUCAUAGUGAUUAAUGUGUGAGCGUCAGCCUACGACUGAACUAUGACCCUUUGUGUUUUGUUCUGAUGGAAGCUGAAAUAAAAGCAUCGUUUUUCUCCAUAACUGCAGUCUUACUACACGUGUGCAAGUUAUUGUCUGUUUGACUUGAUUGAUUUGAUGCAAUUACUGUAAAGGAGAAUGAGUCAAAUAAAAAUCAAUACCUGA